AAGAGCGGUCGACCGCUUGUCUGCCUAACUGUUCGACAACUACCAGCCUAACAAUUGUAGCAAAUUUAAUGAAUUUACAAUUUAAAAAGAGCAAACGAACCGGACAAUUUAAGUGUGAAGUGCGACGCGUGAGGCAACGCUUGCCAAACAAAGAACAGCACAGCAAAAACAACGCGGCCAAGUGUGAGACAGCGAACAAGAAAGAGAGGCGAGAGAGUGAGCGCGACUACAGGGAGCAGAACAAUUUUGCAGUGUUUUCGCGACGUAAGAAUAAUCAAAUUUUAAUUGCAAAAGCCCUCCUUAAAGCUAAGAGACACCAUACAAAAAGACUGUAAGCAACAUCAUGUCCUCAACUCCAGCAGCAGCGUCUGGUGCCGGUAGCAGUACCACCAGCUCCAGCGUUGCGGCCACAUCGAGCUCCGGCUCCUCUAGCAGCACUGCCUCCAACAACCAGACCACAGCCGCAAGCACACCCGCACGCGGGCGUGGCGCCGCCAAUACGAAUGGCGGUAGUGCUGGCGCCAAUGCUGCUUCGGGCAGCAACAAUUCAACGGCAACCGCCACCAGCGAUGAGCCACGAAAGGAUACGAAGUCAACGCCACGAAUAUCUAAAGCACUGGGCACGUCGGCCAAGCGCAUACAGAAGGAACUGGCUGAAAUCACACUGGAUCCGCCGCCCAAUUGCAGUGCCGGUCCCAAGGGUGAUAAUCUGUAUGAAUGGGUCUCGACCAUAUUGGGACCACCUGGAUCCGUCUAUGAGGGCGGCGUAUUCUUCCUGGACAUACAUUUCUCGCCCGAGUAUCCGUUUAAGCCGCCCAAAGUCACAUUUAGAACUCGGAUCUAUCACUGCAAUAUCAAUAGCCAGGGCGUCAUUUGUCUGGACAUCCUCAAGGACAAUUGGUCGCCGGCGCUGACCAUAUCAAAAGUCUUACUCUCAAUUUGUUCCCUGCUCACAGAUUGUAAUCCUGCUGAUCCUCUGGUUGGCAGCAUUGCCACGCAAUAUUUGCAGAAUCGAGAGGAGCACGAUCGAAUUGCGCGUCUUUGGACAAAGCGGUACGCAACAUGAUGCGCAGAUCCUAGCAUUAAACACGUACCACAAGCUGCAGCAAGAAACGAAAAUUCGCAAAUUAUAAAUAAAUAUAUUAAUGUACGCUAACUAUAAACUUAACAUAACACACAAGGAGACAAUGGCAACCAACCACAGCAAAAGCAACAGCAGCAACAACCAACCAACUAACAGUAGUAAAUAGUUAGACCACACAAGUCAUAUAAAGAAGUCAACAUGAUUUUUCCUGGAACUGUCUGUAACUUAAUCAUUAUUUAAAUCCCACUCACACGCAUUCUAGUUGGAUAUAUGUAUAAUUAAUUAUGCAUUCAAAUGGAUUGUAAAAAUGAAAGCGAAACCAUUUGCGGUUGCGUGUUCAAAAUUCCGUCUGUUUGAGAAGCAACUCAGCAAAUCAGCAAAAACAGAAACAGCAAUAAGAACAUAUUGAACCAUAAAAAACGCAUCAUUAAACUUCACAUUGGCAUAUUUACUAAUCAACUACAUAAAUAAAUAAUUAUAAAUACAAUUAGUUUACAUUACGAGUAUCUGUACAGUGUUAAGUAAAAAUGGAGCUAAACAAUUAACAACAAACAAAGCCUAUUUUAGUAAAUAUACUUAUUAACACAGCAAACAAAACAAAUAACAAAUCGUCAGGGCAGCAAAUUUCGUAGUUUUGUGGAAAUUUUCAAUUAACUGGCCGCAAAAAAAACAAAA